GCAUCGUCUCCCUCAUCUCCCUGGCAGUACUUUCUUACGAACGUUACUGCACCAUGACGGGAACAACAGAGGCCGAUACCACAAACUACAGGAAAACAUGGACAGGCAUCGUCCUGUCCUGGACGUACUCCUUGGUCUGGACUGCACCCCCUCUUUUCGGCUGGAGCAGUUACGGGCCAGAAGGACCAGGGACAACGUGCUCCGUGAACUGGCAUUCAAAGGACGCUAACAACGCGUCCUACGUCGUAUGUCUUUUCAUCUUUUGCCUUGUAAUCCCUUUUGUCAUUAUUGUUUAUUCGUACGGGAAGCUGCUGUGCGCAAUAAGGCAGGUGAGUGGCUUCAAUAAAGGGACGGGUCGGACCCGGGAGCAGCGCAUCCUGAUCAUGGUGGUGGUGAUGGUAAUUUGCUUUCUCCUUUGCUGGCUGCCGUAUGCAACUGUGGCACUUCUAGCUACGUUUGGGAAACCUGGUCUCAUCACCCCUGCAGCCAGCAUCAUCCCAUCCAUCCUUGCCAAAAGCAGCACAGUCUACAACCCCAUCAUCUACAUAUUUCUGAACAAACAG